GUCAGGGCAGGGUUAGCAGGAGAGAAACCAGCCCUGGCGAAUGUUAGCGCUCUCUCUGUCUUUCUUCCCCUUUGAUCCGAGCCGACACCGUCGGGAGGGCGGGUAUGGAAAAUAGAUUCCGGGCCCCGCAGAACCGCAACCUGCCCGCCGCUGUCACUCAGUGCUUCUCGGUGGUGGCUCUGUGUACGGCCGUGGCCGACCCCAACUGGUUCCAGGUCGCCCUGAACGGCACUUCGCCGCAAAUCUAUGGAGUGGCUUAUGUGGUCCGCCUGCAGGGAAACCUCACAGCAGAUCCAAAUACCGUCUUCAACUAUGAAGGGAUUUCUCUACUAAUUGUGAUGGCCACAUGCAGCUACUUUGGAAUACUGACUGGCUUUGGAGCUUUCAUUCUCAGCUUCCUGGGAUCAAGGCAUCCACUUUUGUUUAACUUGCCAAUUACGUUGCAUUUUAUAACAGCCACUCUGGACAUAGUGUCUUUGGCACUGUGCUCGUACCUGUUCUUUCAGGUGAAGACCAAACUGAGGAGAAAGGAAUUUCAGAAGAUAGCAAUGCAGGCAACCCUAGGAGAAAGCUUCGUAAUUGCUGUCUUUGGUGUGAUGUUCUCAGUAACUGCCUCAGCCCUAAGCCUACACAAGUCCCUGCUGAAGGACCCAAGAGUGCUGGGGAGCAGAACUGAAGAAGAGUCCACACUGGUAACACAUGAACAGUGUCAGGACAAUGACUAGAUUUGGCUAAACAUCUUGCACACUGCAUCACCAUGUUCUUGUUUGGAGCUGUCCGGUUGACCCAGGAUUCUGAUUGCAUUGUAUCUGUGAAGAAAUGCUGUACCCAGGGACAUCAGGCAGCCAACACUGCAGAGGCGACUGGUCUGUUUAAGAUGAAAAGAGCCAAUUGUGCUCACCAUUGGUUAUCUAAGGAUAUUAGAAGCUCUGAAAGAGAAAAGCGUUAAUGUUUCGCUGAUAAGUUUAGCUUUUUAUUAUUUUUCUUUGACACCAAUUGAAGUAGCUUUUCUGAAGUGGCUGCUCACUGAUCAAAAUCAAUAAAAGACACUGAGCUGCAUAGAACAACUUCGAUCCCCUCCAUCAUGCUGACUUUAGCACUCUGAGUUAUGGCAGCUGAUGGAACGUUACAAUUGACUUUCAUGCCCUGGACAAGGUCAAGUGUUAAAAUCAGAUGCUGUUUUGAUUCCUGAUUGGUAUCCAGUGACAGUUGCUAGAAAGUGCUAAGCUUCAUUGUCAAUGUUCCCUUUCCUUUUCUGAAGAAUUUCCAAUGAUAUUUUUUCUCCCAGUGCUCUAAUUUUUGCUAAAUCAGUAUUAGAUGACUGAUGGAUGUCAAGUAUUUUGGCCAAAUUGACCAAAUGAAUGUGGCUGACCAGGAAAUAGAGCUCUCCUCCAUUUCAAAGCCACAUCUGUACUUAAAGGGCAGAUGUUGACAGCAUGUUUCCCCUUGUGAGGGAGUCUAGAAACAGGGGCACAUUUCAGAAGGCCUUAAAUCUUUGGAAUUAUAAUCUAGUCUACCUAAUUGGAGCCUGUGCCUUUGAAUAUACUCAAGGUUGAGUCAGUCAGACUUUGAUCAACAAAGUUUCUGGGGAGACAAGCAGGAAAGUCGAGCUGACAUGACAAUCAACUCAGUUGUGAUUGUGGAAUGGAGACGCAGGCUGUUGGAGCCAAAUGGCCAUUCCUGCUUCUAUCUUAUCACUUUAUCUCCUCUUAUCUUAUAUUAAUCCAGUGUAUUAAGGCCACAUUGGGUCAGAAAUGUUUGCAGAACAAACUGGACACAGGGAGAAAACAAAUGGUCAUGUCGCAGAGUUACAAAAGCAUUACAUGGGACAGGGAGACAACAGCAUUUCCAUGUGAACAAUAGUAGGUUGGAGCAAGUAGCUCUUUUCGCAUGAGAAGAAGACUAAGUGUGCCACCCUAAGACAUUACUGAAGCAUUAAAUUGAUAGGAUAUUCCAGUAAGUAAAGUUUGGGUGCCCCAUCAAAAUGAGAUUAAAGCCAGCAGUUCACCGUCUAUUUAUUUCCCCACAUCCUGUGCGCGCCCUGGUGUCAAUGUACCGUUGAAAUGUCUUAGCUAAAAUUUGACUGUGAUUGGUUGAAUGUAAUCACAUUAUGUUAUAUGUUACUGUGUAUUAUAGGUUACUGGUACAUCCAAGUAAUGUGAUUGUCAUGUAUAAAGUAAUAAAGUAGUCAGUGUUUUGUAACAGCUCAGGGAGAUCCAAUUACCACACAAGAAGAGUGUAUCUCACUUGUAAGUGCAUGAAUAAACACCAGUGAAUAAUC